CGUUGCAUUUCUUUCGAGUCAGUACAGACGUGAGCCUCACCACGUGUUUACGAGGUUGAAAAAACAGUAUAAAUUCCGUGAGGUUUUAAUUCUGAAGCGUCACAUCGUUCCGUAUAUUUUUCGAGUACAAAUAAUUAGAUUGAUAAUGGAGAACGGUAAUAAGGAGGCGAAAGAGGUGACUGCAGAGGAGAAACAAGAUGUUGCGCCGGAGAAGCCGCUGGACGAGACCAAAUCUCAAAACGAGGGCAAAAAAGAAACGAUGGACAUUGAAGAGGAGAAAAUUGAGGAGGAGGCUGAGAAACCCGAUGAAACCCCCGAGGAAGUCACACCAGAGCUCCUCCAGAAAAUCAAAUCACAGGUUGAGUUUUACUUCGGUGAUGUCAACAUGGCUCGUGACAGGUUCCUCAUUGAGCAAGGGAAGCUUGAUGAAGGAUGGAUUCCAAUGAGCAUAAUGCUGAAAUUCAAAGCCCUGGCAUCCCUCAGUCAAAAUGUGGAGACAAUCCUGAAGGCAAUCGAGGACAGUGAACUCAUGGAGAUCUCCGAGAACAGGAAGCAAAUCAGACGCAGUACAGAUAAACCCUUACCUGUUUAUGAUGAGGCCUACAAACAGGCACAGUCAGAGAGGACGGUUUACUGCAAGGGCUUCCCGAAGGAGGGAAAGAUGACUGUACAAGUCCUCAAGGAUUUCUUCAAAGAUUUUGAGCCCAAUGAGAAUAUUGUUGUAAGAAGAUGGACUGAUAAAAAGACGAAGGAACAAUUCUUCAAGGGUUCAAUAUUCGUCCAAUUUACGACUCUAGAUGGUGCCAAAGCUUUCAUGGCUAGAGAUUCUGUAAAAUACGAAGACACUGAGCUGAUCAGGAUGUUCCUGAGUGAUUACCUGGCGGAGAAGGCUAAGGAACGUGGAGAGGGCAGGUCCUCCAAGAAAGAUGGAAAAGCCAAGAGCAAUGAGAAGGAGGGAGACUCAGUAGAGGCAGAAGAGACUGAAGACGUAUCUGGAUUUCCGAAAGGCGCAGUUCUAGGGUUCAAGGAGGCCGAUGAAAACGUUAACCGGGAGACGAUCAAAAAGGCCAUCAGUAACAUCUCAUACAACUUCUCAGAUCAAAUAGCUUACGUUGAUUAUGAGAAGGGAAAUAAAGACGGGUUAAUACGAUUCCAAGGAGAAGGCACUGCCCAGAAGCUUCUCAAGAAACUCGAAGGCUCCAGGCUUACACUUGGAGAUUGUAAAUUAGAAUGUUGGGUUCUGGAGGGCGAGGAGGAGGAACGGUACCUGAAGAAAGUCAAGGAACAGAUGUUGCAGAAAAAGCAGCAAAUUAAAAACAGCAAACGUGGUCGUGCAAAGAGAGGACGGGGUGGAAGUCCCAGGGGUGGAAAGAGGCGUGGAAGUCCCACCCGUGACACACCACCAGAGAAAACAGUCAAGACUUCAUAAGUUACUUUUGUAAGUUUUUGUUAACUGUAACAAAUCAUUUUCUUUAUCAUUCUCGCUCUUACAUUUUCGUUAUGCUCCUUGGUUGUGGAAACCAAGCCCCUGUUCUAUAUUUUUUACUCAGGAUUUGAAUACCAUUAUCUUAAGAACAUUGACAGAAUCGAGAGAAUAUGUAUAACCCAGUUUAAUUAAAAUUCAUGAGCUUCAUAAA